AUAACCGUCAUGACGUCACAAAACUAUAUUUCUGUGUUCAUCCACGUAUAUCUGGGGUUCAGCUUUGUGACGUCACAAUUUAUGCAGCAAGGAGCAGUGAUUGAGGUAUCACCGCAGGGUGGGAUCGAGGGACCACCGGGGCGGGAGUACGAGAUCAAGUGCCGGGCAAGCUGGUAUGGAACACCGCCCGAGAUCGAAUGGACGCUCGACGGCCGUCGCAUCUUCGACGGCAACAAGUACGUGAUCGACAUCGAGCAGACGCCCUUGGAAGACGCGACGAUCAGCUCCCUCUUCAUCCAGAGCGCAUGGCCGCAGGACUCCGGGCGGUAUGGCUGCCGGAUGCAGGCGCCCGCAUUCGGGCUCGCCAGUACCACCUUCAAAGUCUUUUCACGACCAAUUCUAAUGCCGUCACCUCAUCAAGUAAUUGAUCGCGACACCAACCUUACCAUACAAUGUCCUUCUCGAGGGAGCUUUGGUGGAAACCUAUUUUGGUUUAAGGAUAACAUAGUGAUCGGUGGUCAAGCUGGGAUGUACGAUGUGAACAGAGACAGGAUACCAGACUACUGGGUCUUGGACAACGAAAGGAUGAUGAUCGUAAACGCAAACAUCCACAGUGCAGGAGUCUAUACCUGUCAGUACCGCUACUUCUUUCGCGGGAUGCAUCAGAAUGUUGCGGAGAGGAUCAAUGUAAACUUUCCCGUUGAAUUGGUAACAAAACCAUUAAUACGAUGGCAGGAGCUUCCGAACUCUGGACCCCUUCGUCUCGAGUGCAAGGCCCGUGGAUUCCCGCGCCCAAGAAUAGCUUGGACCUACUCCAACUUCACGUUCGAAAGCGGGGGUUACAUGGAUAAAAAUGUCAGCAUUGUGACAAGUCCGCAAUCGCAGACCAUUGUUACGUCAGUCCUAAGCGUACGUCACAUGCCAGACAAGUUCAAUGUUGCCCGGUUUAACUGCUCAGGGCGGAACAGUGUUAGCAAGGCCAGCAAGCUUAUCAUGGUAGUAAAUAUGGGUGGAACAUCGGAACAAAUUCCAAACAGAGGGCCGAAUAGCGGUACUUCAACCAGUGAUGCCAGCAUCGGACAUGCACCAAGGUUGCCCCUAGUGGCCUUAACAACAUUCUGUAUACUCACCAAAUCACUUUGGGUUUUGAGAUGAACAAACAAACGCUUUAUGAACAAAAACAAAAAUACACAUUUGAAUUCAAUUCACUUGUUUAUUUCAUUUUCAUCGAAACAUAACUAGAGUAAUAUAAAUCUGAUGCAAAUUGAUGGCUUGACAUCAAAAGCAUUAUAAAAUAGAGCAUAUAGAAAUGGAAAUGAGCGUUCCCACUAAAAACACUGCCUGUAAAUUGUGGAUAAAAAAAAUAAAACAAAUAAAUAAUUUAGUACUUAAUUUAAUGCAUACGUAUAUAUACAUACAAGAAAG